UAGAGAGAGAGCGACGUGAGAGAAUGAUGAGAUGAGAGAGAUUGUAUAGAGAGUGAGAGAAUGAUAAGAGGGAGAGAAGAGAGAUGAGAUUGUAUAGAGAGUGAGAGAACGACGUGAGAGUCAGAGUCAAACAAGCGUCACGCCCUCCCCUGCGAUGUCGCAAUCGCAGCAGACGAGCGGCAUGGAGUCCAACAACGUCCUACCGGCCAAGUUCCCGGAACUGAAGAAUGACGCGUUCCUGAAGGCGGCGCGUGGAGAGCAGACGGACUUCGUGCCCGUGUGGUGCAUGCGGCAAGCGGGGAGGUACCUUCCAGAAUUCCGCGAGACGCGGGCCGGGCAAGACUUCUUCGAGACGUGUCGGAACCCCGAGCUCUGCUGCAAGCUGACUCUGCAGCCGAUCCAGAGAUUUGCGCUCGACGCCGCCAUCAUCUUCUCCGACAUCUUGGUGGUGCCGCAGGCGAUGGGCAUGGAGGUGGUGAUGACCCCGGGGAAGGGCCCCACCUUCCCGCAGCCGCUGGCCGACCCCGCCGAGCUGUCGCGUCUCCGCGAGCACGUGGACGUGCAGCAGCACCUGGGCUACGUGUUCCGCGCGAUCACGCUCACGCGGCACCGCCUGGAGGGCCGCGUGCCCCUCAUCGGCUUCUCCGGGGCCCCCUGGACGCUGAUGACGUACAUGAUCGAGGGCGGAGGCUCCCCCACGCAGUCGCGAGCUAAGCGGUGGCUCUACCAGCACCCGGAGGCGAGCCACCGCCUCCUCUCGUCGCUCACCUGCGUCAUCGUCGAGUACCUGGUGGGCCAGGUGGCCGCCGGGGCACAGGCUCUGCAGGUGUUUGAGUCUCACGCCGGCUGCCUGGGCCCGGCUCAGUUCUCCGAGUUUUCGCUGCCGUACCUGCGGGAGAUCGCCACGCGCGUCAAGCAGGGCCUGCGUGACGCGGGCCUCGAGCUCGUCCCCAUGAUCGUGUUUGCGAAGGACGGACACUUCGCGCUCAAGGAUCUCGCCAACUCCGGCUACGAGGUGGUCGGCCUGGACUGGACCGUCAGCCCCAAGCUGGCACGGCAGCAGACGGGAGACGAGGUGACGUUGCAGGGAAAUCUGGAUCCCUGCGCACUCUACUCGCCCAAGGAGCGGCUGAGCGAGCUGGCGGGGGAGAUGGUGCGCGCGUUUGGAACGCGUCGCUACAUCGCCAACCUGGGCCACGGCAUCUACCCGGACAUGGAGCCCGAGCACCUGGGAGCCUUCGUGGACGCCGUUCACCAGCACUCGCGCAGCAUCAACGCCGCGUGAACGCCGCGUGAACACACGUGAACGCGCGUGAACACGCCCACCCACGCGUGAACACGCCCACCCACACGUGAACACGCGUGAACACACGUGAGCAUGCGUGAACACGUGUGAACACGUGAACGCACGUGAACGCACGUGAACACGCCCUCCCACGCGUGGGUUAGAUCACGUAAAAUAUGAAUGUGUCGUUAGACCCUCCACCACCCGAAACAGCCAAUCAAAUCAAGGUUUGUCACGUGAAACAAAACGGAGCAAAUUCGUUACUAGUUCAGCACUGGCCGUUUGUGUGCUGGAGAGUUAAACCCACGGCGACAUUUUACAAUUCCGAGUACGACGUUUCGGCCGGUGGUGGCGGGUUUAACGACACGUUGAUGUUUACGCGAUCUAACCCCCCCCCCCCCCCAAAAAAACCCCUACUAGAUGAAAACCACGCCGGUUUUGCUUUUGACAAUCGAAACGCGCUAGAGGGCGGUGCGCCAAUGCGGUGGUGUUGUCCUGAGAUUAACUUCUAAUGGGUGAGGUGGGGGGCGGGGGGGACCCUCUAUAACUACCGCUUUGUACCAUGACAUUGAAAUAAAUGCACUCAAUUUGGUGCGAGAGCUGC